GUCGUUCAAUUAAGUUUCACUUUCGCUUCUCGAGUCAAUUUCGUAUUCGUGUUAGCGUACGCACAACUGAAAAGCAUAACUUUAUGUAACAUCGACCAAAUUAGCCUGCUGUGAGUCCAGAGAUCUCAUAAUCAAUAAUAAUACUUAAAUUGACGAAUCGAUCCUUGUUCCGCACCCCUGAUCUAUAGCCAGUGGCAACAGGAACCCGAGAGCAAUUCGGGUUUACCCACAUCAGAUUCCUCUCCCCUCGCGGAUGUCUUUUGAUGAGGAAUUUUCCUUGGUGGCUGAGGAUGGUAAUGAGUUGCAGGACUUUCCCAUGGAAGGGGUACAGAUGGAGAUUCAUAAGUGCAAGGUGACCCAUGAAAGGUUAGUGACAGACCAGAGGGACCUCUCAAAAGCAAGGGACGAGCAACUGCACCUGGCCGAGGAGUACAAUAAGCGCUGUGUCAGACUGAGGAAGGUCAUGGAGGAGGAAGAGCAGGAUCGAGCAAUGGCGGAAGAGGGUGGCAAGGCGAGGUUGGUGGCCUCACAGGAGGAGGAGAGAAGGCUGAGGGAGCAGCUGCUGGGCUUGGAGGCGCAGCUGUGUCUCCUGGAUCAGGAGACCGUCCUCCUGCAGCAGCGGGCCCAGGAGUCCAAUGCGGUGCCUGAGAAGAGGGUGGUCUUCCUCGGAGCCAUGAGUGAGGGGAGAGACUCUAGCAGGUUUAACAUGAAGUCCCGAAUCCUGUACCCCAUGGAGGGGGGAACCGCACUGAUCACCUUUGAAGAGGAAGAUGUGGCCCGGAACAUUAUGAAAAUGAAGCAGCAUGACAUCAAGAUCGGUGACUGCUGCCUCAGUUUGGAGGCCAGACCCGUUCACAUCCUGAUGCCCAGUCUUGUGGAGAUGACCUCCCAGGUGUGUUGCAAGAGCGUUCUGGUGUCUGACGUGCCGAAGGAGGCGGGGGGGAACCACCCGUUGGACAGGAUGGAGAUCCACUUCUCCAAGCGCCGGAACCAGGGAGGGGAGGUGGACCAGGCCCAAAUGCUGCAGGAGACGGGAAACGUGGUGCUCACCUUUGUGGAGGACACAGUUGCAAAACGUUUGACAGACAGGCAGUACCAUGAGGUGGAUAUGGGUGAUGGAAAGAAGCACCAGGUGAAGGUGACUCCGUACCUGAACGGCGAGAUCACAAACCUGCAGACACGAGUGUCCGUUUCCGCCCGUACGGUCCUGCUGACGGGGAUCCCAGCCAUCAUGGACCCUGGCGACCUCCAGGACCAGCUGGAGAUCCACUUCCAGAAAAAUAGCAAUGGCGGGGGCGAGGUUGAAGCCAUCGCCUACAACGCACUGACACAGCGGGCGCUGGCCGUCUUCGAGGACUACUGUCCCGCAGAGAAGGAGUGAACCAGCCGCACAUGUCCCCAUAAGGGCCCAGAGCAGCCACCCAAUGCAUCCCACCAUCCCCAUUCCACCUCCGGCUAGCCUCUGAAAUCCAGCCCCAGGCUUAUUUCACGGCCUGCUAAAUCUCUGUAGCUCGCUUGGGGUUCUUGUUCUUUCUGCGUCAGAGUACAAUCUUUUAUAGACAUAUUCUUUGAAUUAGUGUAUAUAUUCAUGGGAAACAAGGUUAAUUCAGAAUGGACAUAAAGUAAGUUGGUGUGUUUUCCAAAUCAAGCCAAUGUACCCUAAAAUAUGAUGAAUACCAUUUAAGAUGCUUCUUCAGGUUCUUGGAACACCCACAGGCUAAACAUCAGAUUUAUUUCAUUUACAUACAGCAUAUUAACUUCCUAAGUCUUUAUGUCGUAGUUUAAUUUACAUUAAAACUUACAUUCAGACCAUAUGGACUGUUGUUUUUUCCCCAACUAUGCAAUUGCAGUAUAUUGUACAUUUAUACAGUAUGUAUUAGGGAGUUUGUUCAUGUAAGUGUAUGUGUAAAAAUAUAUAAAAUUAAAGUAAUACCAUUCCGCUUU